UGGUUAUACAAUGUGUUAUACAAGGGGGCACAUCACUUGCUCUCGCCCCGCCCUUGCAUCAUUGCUAAGAUGGCGGCGGUGGCCUGUAGGGGGGUUCGCACCGUGCUCGGGAAAUCAGCUGGCACUUCUAUUCUAACACAUCAGAGUGCCAAGUUCUCCACCCUGAGGGACAUGGCCACCGCUAGGAAAGCCGUGUUGGCUGCGAUGGGUGUGGUGGGAGGCGGUGCGGCAGGGCUGGCAUACGCUCUCAACCAGUCCGUGAAGGCGUCCGAUCUUGAGCUCCACACCGCUAAGUUCCCCUGGUCACAUGAUGGCGUCUUCUCAUCUCUGGACCACGCCUCCAUUCGCCGUGGCUAUGAGGUGUACAAGAAUGUGUGUGCCGCCUGCCAUUCCAUGAAGUACAUUGCCUUCCGUAACUUGGUGGGUGUGUCCCACACUGAAGCGGAGGCCAAGGAGGAGGCCAUGGGUGUGCAGAUUGAUGAUGGCCCCGAUGAUGAGGGCAUGAUGUUCAAGAGGCCUGGCAAGCUCUCUGACUACUUCCCCAACCCUUACCCCAACGAUGAGGCCGCUCGCUCUGCCAACAACGGUGCUCUGCCCCCAGAUCUCUCUUACAUUACCUCAGCCCGCCACGGAGGGGAGAACUACAUCUUCUCACUGCUGACCGGCUACUGUGACCCACCAGCGGGUGUCAGCGUCAGGGAAGGCCUCUACUACAACCCUUACUUUGUGGGAGGUGCUAUCGGCAUGGCUCAGGCACUCUACAAUGAGGUGAUGGAAUACAGCGACGGCACACCAGCCACUGCCUCCCAGAUGGCCAAGGAUGUGUCCGUGUUCCUGAAGUGGGCCGCUGAGCCUGAGCACGACGACCGCAAGAAGAUGGCCCUGAAGGCAUUGAUGAUGUUCUCCAUGCUGUUCAGUAUAACCUACUACAUCAAGAGACAUAAGUGGGCCGUACUGAAGAGCAGGAAGAUCGCCUACAAGCCUCCACAGUAGUAGCCAACUUACUCCCAACAAGUAUUUUUUCAUUAUUUUUUUUUUUUUUUUUAUUGUUUAAUAAUUUUUGAAGAACAGGCUGUAAAUAUCCUCCUCAAUGGAAUAGUGUUGAUGGUGAAGCACUUGAAUUAUCCAUUGAAUUAUCCACUGUCUUGUGUGAAAUGUUACGGGGAGUGGAAUACUACAUGCAUCAUGACUCGCUGUCCACCACUGCCACCUUGUCUGGACCCAGACUUACUCAAUAAAACCACCAACAGAACUCUCAAACUUAUUUUCAUUUUUAAAAUUUGCAUGAAAGCUAAAUUCAUUGUCUGUUUUAAAGAUAAUUUGUGUGUAAGAUGAAUUUAUUUUACAUAAAAAACCUAUAAAGAACUAUUGUGUGGUGUACAAAUCAGUGUACAUAGUUAUAUUUAUUUGGCACUCUAUGAAAACUAGUACUGCCAAAACCUGUACAUUACCAGAAAUUAAAAAAUAAAAAUAUAAUAAUUUUCUUUUAACUCAGUAAUUUCAACAUACAUAUCUUUGAGACACUCACCUUAAAUUAAAGGAAAUUAUAUACUGUACAUACAACUCUUAAGUUACUAGUUAUGUCACCCUGUAGGACCUGUGCCACAGCAGUGCUUGGUGCCUGGCACCUCCUGGGUGAUGUCCACCCUCCGCGCUGCAUCACACUGAUGGAUACUAAACAAACUUCAUUAACAGCCGUCCCAUAGUAUCACCCUUUCAUUCAGUAAACAAUGAUACACAUACUCUUAAUAUGAUUCUCAACUCCCGGACAAUUUUGUUCAUAUUUUGUUGAUAUAAUGCUCAACAAUAGUUUAUUUAGACUCAGCAGUUCAAGUAGUACUAUUAUGGUGAGCCAUUGGCCACCAUACCUGUGAGUGCCUGGGGGGCUGCUGGUGACUAGGUGUUGAAAGAACCAGUGAUGGAUGGGUUGCGAGAGAUCCUGUGCCUGAGUGUCAGGGAGCCACCAGGGUACUUGUCCUUGCGGCGCAACAUCCACACACUGACACACACCACCACUAUUGCCAUCACCAAUAACAACACCAGAGCCAGCAGUGCCCAUGUGGCCACAGAGAAUGCAUAUGACACUUCAGAUGUGGAGUCCACGUGAUAGAGAGUCUGGUGCCAUAGAUUCUGCUCCUGAAAUCAGGGUUAUGUUUAUUUGAGUCCUCAGCAGUGACAGCUGUAGUGUGUAUCCUGUAGAUAUUGUUAAGAAUAAACAGUCUAUUGUCACCGUGCA